AAAAAAUCGCCCAAAAUAUACAGAGCACAGACGCGAAAGAGGGAAAGGUCAUUCAGACCUAUUUCGCGUGACACCUACUUCUCUCCUCCUCUGCUCCCCACAGCGCCGCCCAGGCCGCCCACUUGCCCAGCUUCUGCCCUCACCGAGUCACCGUCAACGGCUCUUAGGUCCACCACCGUCACCGGCUCUUAGGUCCACCACCUUCACCGGCUCUGCGGCUCACGUCACCGGGCGCCCACUACGGCGUAGUCUACGAGAAGCUGAACUGCUGAAGCUCCGCCGGACCGCCACUCACCAACUCCGUCGCCAUCUUACUCAGUUACUCUCCAAGGAGACGUUCAGCGGUUCAGGGCUGUAAUCAUGAGAGGAGUUACAUCUGCAAGUGUAGGUGUACCAGCAGAGCAAAAGAACCCUGAAACGGUCACGAAAGCUACUGAUCAGGAAAUGGUCACGAAAGCUUCCGAGCAGGAUCAAAAGCCGAAAAAGAAGAUUUGUUGUGCGUGCCCUGAUACUAAGAAGCUGAGAGAUGAAUGUAUAGUACAGAAUGGUGAAGAUGCUUGUGGCAAGUGGAUCGAGGCGCAUAAGCAGUGCCUUCGUGCUGAGGGGUUUAAUGUUUGAUGAAGAAUUAGUAAUCGGAAGUUUCGAGCUCGUGAAAUUUUGCAAGAUAGGUAUUUCUUUUUUCGGUUUAUACACAUUGUGAUCACAUUUAUGUGAAUAAAAGGUAUAUGUACUAUGUGAGAUGAAUUGUUCUCUUGCAGCUAGAUGACAUAUCUGUUAGACACUUAGGCUCGUGUCAUCUUUGUGAUUUUUUAUCUGAAAUUGAUGGUAUAGACAUGUAAAGAUAUGCUACAUUUUACAUUUGGUUACCUGAUGUUGGUCGAUGAAUAAAUUAUAUGGCACGGUUCAUCUA